AUGUAUUUACCGGACACAAUGAUGCAAAUGAUUGAUGAUCUUCGUCAUCUUCCUAAUCGUGUUCAUCUGAAUUUGGUCGAAUGUUAUCUGGGAGAAAGUCGAUUAAGGUAUCAACUGCGAAAUCGUCUCUGUCGGGCACCUCAUCUUAUCUCGUUAAAAUUUCGAGCAUGGUCAAUCCUAUCAGUUUUUCUCUAUGAAAUUAGGAACCAAUCAAUUCGUCGACUUGACUUACAAGGAACUGAUCGAUUGUAUCGAGAGCUAUGGCUCGAUGACGACGAGUGCGCUCAACUCGGUCGUUCAACAUUAGGAAUACAAUGUGAAGUUCUAUUUAGUCGAGUUAAACAUCGAGAAAGUAUUUUUAACCUUGUAAAUCUAAUGAAGAAUAUUCGAGUGUUAAAUUUCUUUUGCCGAGGUAAUCGAUUGGAUGAAUCUAAUGGUUUAUCAUUAGCAAGGCACGAUGAACUUGUCACGUGGUUUAAACACCAGCUUUCAUUAGCAUGGGGAAUUGCAAAGCAUCCACGCUAUUCCCGCUGUAUUCAAAUGUGGAUUCGUUGA